CUGUAGAAUUAAAGGGGAAAAAAAAGAGCCCACUCUUUUUCUUCCAGGCUUAUGUCAGACUUGCAAUGAAGUUAGAAUGAGCAAGUCUGCAGCUUCCGAAUGUCUGGGGAAAGUAGUUUGCAGCUCUUUGUGUAAAACUGGGUGUUUUCAUGGGCAUGCAAUGUUUUCAUCUGCCUGAUUGAUAGUCAAAAACUUUAAUUUUGCAUUUUGGGCAAUCAUUGGCCUUUUGCUUUCCAGAUGUUAAGGGACAUAUUUAUGAGCUUCUGGAAAGGGUCUUCAAUCCAAUCCCUGGCAUGACCUCUGCUGGAACGCUCCUUCUAGGCUGCCAAGGAGCCAAAGAACAUUACGUCUGAUAUCUCCCUUCCCUCCUGAGUGGGACGUACUCCACUGGGGGCUGCAAGUCAGGGGUAACCUGUUCUCAUCUCAUGUCCUCUCUAGAGAAUGGCAAUGGUGUCUGCGAUGUCCUGGGUCCUGUACUUGUGGAUAAGUGCUUGCGCCAUGCUGCUCUGCCAUGGAUCCCUUCAGCACACCUUCCAGCAGCAUCACCUGCACAGACCAGAGGGGAGAAACACAUCAAUUUUGCCCGGAUGGAUUAUGGGACUCUUUUCUUGUCAGAUUCCCCGGAUUCUGUCCGACAAUGAAAAAGGAGGGACCUGCGAAGUGAUUGCAGCCCACAGGUGUUGUAACAAGAACCGUAUAGAGGAGCGGUCGCAAACAGUGAAGUGUUCCUGUCUACCCGGGAAAGUGGCUGGGACAACAAGAAACCGACCUUCCUGUGUGGAUGCCUCCAUAGUGAUUGGGAAAUGGUGGUGUGAGAUGGAGCCCUGCCUAGAAGGAGAAGAAUGUAAGACACUCCCUGACAAUUCUGGAUGGAUGUGUGCCACAGGCAACAAAAUCAAGACCACAAGAAUUCACCCAAGAACCUAACAGAAGCAUUCAUUAUACAAAUAGGAAAACAACCUGUGGAAAAUACAUUGUGAGGAUUUAAAAUAGCUUACAUACUUGCAAGCCAAAUGGAUCUCUCUUAUUUGCACUUUGACUGGUUACUCAGAGUGCAUUUGUUUUGUGAAACAGAGUACCCCAUAAGAAGACUCGGGAUUUUUCUGGCAGCAUCAAGGGAAAAAGACUUUUAAAAAAAUCAAACAAACGAGUUUUCUCAGUGAAGUUUGGAGGAUCACGAAAAAUGAUCAAUCGUCUUCUAACUUGGAACUACCAUUACUUUGUACCAUUUGAAAUAUAUGUAUAUAUAAUAUUUUGAAAUAUUAUAUAUUCUCUUCAAGAAAUGAACAGUACCACAGUGCGAGGUGGCUGGUGUAUCCCUUUUGGUUUGGAUGUUUGGUCGGUUUUAUUUUGUUUGCCAUUUCUUUUUCUCUUGGUGAGGAGGAUACAUGCCCGUGUGAGAAUCCAACAUGGCGCUCUCCCUGGAAGGCCAGCUGUAGGCGGACUCCUGGAAUCUGAGGCAUCCUGACAACUCAAGAGCUUCCCUCUGCUUCUCCCUGGUGACCCAAGGAAGCUCUUCGUCUUGUUUUAUUGCUUUCUACCUGUGCAAUAUUAGCAUGCAAGCUUGACUUACAUAACCAUACUUUAUAUUCGAUUGAUAUAUAAUAACCGUUCUAACCUCUUCCAGGAAAAUAUUUUUAGAACUACUAGCUUUUCCACAGAUAGGCAAAUGAGGAUUCUUGAGGGAGCUGCUCCACCACGCUUUUAAGACUCUGGCAGGGUGGCAGGAUGUAGAUCCCUAUAUUAAUAAGUCCUGUAAAUACAAUGUCUUAGGGCUUUGUAUAGCUGUCCUAGACUACAGAAGUGUCCUCUGAUUAAAUCCAAAGUCUGGCAUUGUUAACCACAUCGUGCUGUAGUGACGCGUCUUAUCAAGGCACCUCUUUCUAUGUUUGAUUUGCUUUUUCCUAAAGUAUUCGCAUCUCCUCCGGUGAGAUAGAAAGGCUAUGAAAGCAAUUAGGUUUCCCAGUGAUCUAUGUGACCAAAUGUUGGACAGCCCUAUUAAAGUGGUAAAUAACUUCUUUCUUAACCCACUUGUCCUCUGUGUCUGCCAUUUAGUUUUACAGACUCUGCUUCGACCAAAUCACAAGAAGACCCUGUUCAUAUUUGUAGUUAGCUAGAAGGUCUUUGAAACUACGGAGGCUACUAUUGCCAACAAUAAAAUAUUUUGAAACCUAGAAA